GGGCCGCCUCUGGGCCGGGCCGAGCCGAGCCGGGCUGAGGGAGGGAGAAGGAGGCGGAGAGCUCCGGGCAUGGCGGCGCCUGCCGCGCUGCAGCGGAGCGUGGUGCUCCCCGCGGGCCGGCACAGCGCCUCCCUCAUCUUCCUGCACGGCUCAGGUGAUACUGGCCAAGGAGCAAGAACAUGGAUAAAACAAAUUUUGAAUCAAGACAUGGCAUUCCAGCAUAUAAAAGUAAUUUAUCCAACAGCUCCUGCCAGGCCAUAUACACCCAUGAAAGGAGCGUUUUCUACUGUGUGGUUUGACAGGUAUAAGAUCUCUAAUGACUGUCCAGAACACAUUGAAAGCAUUGACUCUAUGUGUCGGGGACUUACAGACUUGAUCAAUGAUGAGGUUAAAAAUGGCAUCGCAAAGAAUAGGAUACUAAUAGGAGGCUUUUCAAUGGGAGGUGGAAUGGCAAUGCAUUUAGCAUAUAGGUUUCAUCAAGAUCUGGCAGGAGUCUUUGCGCUGUCUAGCUUUCUCAAUAAAGACUCUGCUGUUUACCAGACUUUGAAAAGAAAUGAAAGUGUCCUUCCAGAAUUAUUUCAGUGUCAUGGAACUGCAGAUGAAUUAGUUCUCUACUCUUGGGGUGAAGAAACCAACAAGAUGUUAAAGUCACUGGGUGUGUCAACAUCACUUCAUACUUUUCCAAACCUUAAUCAUGAGUUAAACAGAAAUGAAAUAGAAAAACUAAAAACCUGGAUUCUAAAGAAAUUGCCUAUUGAAGCAGCAGAGACAAAUGAAUAAAAGAUGCAGCUUUGAUAUACUGUCUGAUGUUUCUGGGUUUAAGAUCAUAUAUACUAUAUAAGCACACCUUCAGGUAAACACUUAAAUUCAUACAGUUCACUUAAGUACUGAUAUGAUGGUGCUGACUAUUAAAACUCACUUUAUCAUAUGGGUUUCUUUUUCUGUUUUGCCCAGUUUUUGAAGACCCGUCCAUGUCAGUCUGUGAAACAUAAUGACUGAUCUUGUUAAAAACUCUUAAAUAAUAAAACAACAUUCAGGAAGUAACCCUCUGCAUUUCUGCAGUUUUUUUUGUGUUCUGAAGUGGAAGAAAAUGUGCAGUGGUAUAGUUGUCUCCACUUGCAAGACAGCAGACCAAAGGGCAGACAUUAAAAUAAUGGACCUUUACCUGUCAAAAUACAAUUUGCAUUAGUUAACUUAGAAUGGUAUGUGUUUGUGUUAUAUUUUUUUUAAAAGUCACAAGUAGGAGUGUCUAGCUGUACCACUGACUCUUGGUACUACCUGGUAUCAUUGUGGUAUUAUUUACAGAUCGAGUUUUAUGUGAGCUGCUUGAGGUCCAUGUGGCUUACCACGUAGGUUU